CCUGACUAGAUGCUUUAUUUUCAGUGCAGGUAUUAUGCUGACGUAUUAUACGAUUGAUGUCUCACUGUUUACCGUAGUCCUGACAUACGGGCUCUUGUCUGGACUAGGAAUUUCCUUGACUUAUGUUACUCCCCUUGCUUGUGGCAUGCAGUGGUAUCCUCAGCAAAAAGGCCUGAUCAAUGGCUUAAUUGUAGCUGGCUUUGGACUUGGUGCUCUGUUUUCAACCAACUUCCAAACUCUUUAUCUCAAUCCUCACAAUAAACCUCCAGAAUCUGAUGGAUACUUUACUGACCCUGACAUACUUGGUAAAGUUCAGUCUGUCUUCAUUCUGCUGGGACUUGUAUUUCUUGUCAUGCAGUAUGUUGGUUGUUUACUCAUUAGCAAGCCUUCAGCUGCUGAAAUGAUGGAAGGUGAAUGCUUGCUGAGUGUCACUGAAGAGCCAGAUGAGAGCAAUGUUGUGCAUUCAAGCACAACCCAGCUGAUAGGAAGAGAUGUUCGACCAGCAGAAGUGAUAAAGAACAAAAAUUUCUACAUCUUUUGGAGUAUUUAUUUAUUAAACACCAUUGCUGUAGGCUACAUUAAUGCCAUGUAUAAAAGUUUUGGUCAAACUUUCAUAAGCGAUGAUCAUUUUUUAGCCGAAAUUGGUUCAUUUGCUGCAGUAUUUAAUGCAGUGGGCAGGAUCGCUUGGGGACGUCUCAUGGAUAAGACUUCAUUCCGAGUUACUAUGCGCAUAUUGACAGUUGUACUGAUGCUACUGUUUGCUACGAUGCCACUAACCAAGCACAUGGGGAAAGCAGGUUUUGCAGGCUGGGUAUGGCUGAUUUUCUUCACGUUCUCUGGGACAUUUGUUUUGAUGCCAACUGUCGUGGAGAAAGCUUUUGGAGCCUCACACUAUUCUGCCAAUUAUGGUCUACUUUUCACAAGCCAGACUGUGUCAGGACCUUUGAUGGCUGCCGUUAACCAGUUGAUGUUGAAUGCUGUUGGUUACACUGGUUGUUUUCUUACAAUUUCAGGAAUACUUUCCUUAAGUGUUGUGAUGACGUUCUUGGUACCCAACAAUCUUUGAAGAACUACUGUGAACAACUCUUGCACUACACAAGAUAUUAAUCUGCACUACCACUCUAAACUUCAGAUCUUAUAUUUUAAGUUUACAUACAUUACUUGAUUGGUAUUCCAUUUUAAUCCCUACACAAAAAAAAUUCUAAUCUCAAACCUAGAAAUACUACAAAAUAUUUGAGAAAAUUUUACACUAGCAAAUACACUAUAUAAUGAAACAGUACGCACACUCUUCCAUUAUACUAAAUCCAAGUCUAUCAGCACUCGUGCCCCCUUCUCCACCCAAAAAAAAAAAAGAGAACAACUGACGCUGUGAUGAAAACCAUUGAUAAAUUCAACAGAUCACUUGUUUAUUGAUCUACAAAAAGUAUUUGAUACUUUUAAUCACAACAAAGUUUUGCAUCAUUAUAAGUUAUCAAUAUGUGACCAUAUUUCAUCAACACUACCCCUAAAUUUUGUGUUACAUCAAAGCAGCAUCCUGGGUCUUGAAUACACACAUGCAUAAACAGAUCACACAGAUAACAAGACUGUUCACCAUUAACUAUUGUUUUAAAAAUAUAAUGCUAAAAUA